GUGAGACGAGGAAAGUCUUCCGGUUGCCUCGCCGCUUUCACGUGCGAGGCGCUUUGCUGCUGGGAGUGGGCUGAGGGGAGUUGAAGAGAUGAAGUUCGCCUACCGGUUUUCCAAUUUGUUGGGUACAGUCUACCGAUGUGGAAACUUGAAGUUCACUCCAGACGGAAACACUCUGAUUAGUCCGGUGGGAAACAGAAUUACAGUCUUUGACUUGAAAAAUAACAAAUCUGAAACUUUACCAUUGGCUGCUCAAUACAAUGUUGCAUGUAUGGGACUGUCUCCAGAUGGAAAUCUUGCUAUACUUGUUGAUGAAGAGGGAUCUGCUUUACUUGUCAGUUUGAUCAGUAAAUCUGUUAUCCAUCGAUUCCAUUUUCAGAAACCUGUCCAUAGUGUUUGUUUUUCUCCAAAUGGAAAAAAAUUUGUGAUUACUAAAGAGAAAGUUGCCUUGAUGUACCAUGCUCCAGGGAAGAAGAGAGAAUUUAAUGCAUUUGUUCUUGACAAAACAUAUUAUGGUGCUUAUGAUGAAACAACAUGCAUUGACUGGACUGAUGAUUCCAGAUGUUUUGCAGUGGGUAGCAAAGAUACGUCAACAUGGGUGUUCGGAGCCGAACGCUGGGUCAAUUUGGUUUACUAUGCACUAGGAGGUCAUAAAGAUGCAAUUGUUGCCUGCUUUUUUGAAGAAAACAGUUUGGAUUUAUACACUGUCAGCCGUGAUGGGGCUUUGUGUGUGUGGCGGUGUGAUACAGAACUAAACGGUCUGAUACCUAGAACUUCCAAAAACUAUUUCACUGACCAGGAAGAGUCAGCAAAAGACAUAGAUGAAGAGUUGAUAGAAACACAAAAAGAUAAAGAGAUUCAUGGAAAAACCAGUGGAAAUGAAAAACAAAACAAGAAAAAAGUGAAAUAUUCAUGUGCUGCCAAAUACUUUUUUAAUAAAGAAGGAGAUUUUAACACUCUAACAGCUGCAGCUUAUCACAGGAAAAUUCAUGUAUUGGUCACUGGCUUUGCUUCUGGAAUUUUUCACCUUCAUGAGCUUCCAGAAUUCAAUCUCAUCCAUUCUUUAAGCAUUUCAGACCAGAGAAUUGCAUCUAUUUCCAUCAACAGUACUGGUGACUGGAUUGCCUUUGGAUGUGCAGGUCUGGGACAGCUCUUAGUUUGGGAAUGGCAAAGUGAGUCCUAUGUGCUGAAACAGCAAGGCCAUUUUAACAGCAUGAUAUCACUUGCAUAUUCACCAGAUGGGCAGUAUUUAGUUACUGGCGGGGAUGAUGGAAAAGUGAAAGUAUGGAAUACCAGCAGUGGCUUCUGCUUUGUUACGUUUACGGAGCAUACCAGCAUCAUUUCAGCUGUAACAUUUACCAAUUCAGGAUAUGUUGUUUUGAGUGCUUCUCUUGACGGAACUGUGCGGGCAUUUGAUCUUCACAGAUACCGCAAUUUCCGCACUUUCACUUCCCCGCGACCAACACAGUUUUCCUGCUUAGCUGUGGACUGCAGUGGAGAAAUUGUUUCAGCUGGCUCCCAGGAUUCUUUUGAAGUAUUUGUGUGGUCUGUGCAGAGUGGACGACUUUUAGAUGUAUUAGAUGGUCAUGAAGGCCCCAUCAGUAGUCUGUGUUUUAACCCAGUGAAGUGUGUUCUGGCUAGUGCCUCUUGGGAUAAAACAGUCAGAUUGUGGGACAUGCUGGAUAGUUGGAAGACCAAAGAAACACUAGCACUAAGUUCUGAUGUGCUUGCUGUUGCUUUUCGUCCGGAUGGCAAUGAGCUUGCUGUAGCUUCCUUGGAUGGGAAAAUCACUUUCUGGGAUCAUGAAAAUGCAGUGCAAACAGGAUCUAUUAUAGGGCAACAUGACCUUCAGAUGGGGAGGAAGGAAUUGGACAAAAUAACUGCCAAACAAGCUGCUAAGGGCAAAUCUUUUACAAGUAUAUGCUAUUCUGCUGAUGGCCAGUGCAUUUUGGCAGGAGGUCUGUCAAAGUAUGUUUGUAUUUAUCAUGUCAAGGAACAGAUUCUCAUUAAAAAGUUUGAAAUAUCUUGCAAUCUUUCCUUAGAUGCAAUGGAGGAAUAUUUGGAUCGCAGGAAGAUGACUGAGUUUGGGAGCAUGGCAUUAAUAGAAGAGGGAAAUGGGGAUGAUGACAACAUCGUUAUACCUCUUCCAGGAAUUAAGAGAGGUGAUAUGAGUUCUCGACAUUUUAAACCAGAAAUAAGGGUGACGUGCCUCCGCUUCUCUCCUACUGGAAGAAAUUGGGCAGCAACCACUACAGAAGGUCUUCUUAUCUACUCUUUGGACUCUAGUCUCAUCUUUGAUCCAUUUGACUUAGAAAUUGACAUCACUCCUAGCAAUAUUCGUAAAGUAUUGCACCAAAAGGAAUACACGAAAGCUAUUGUCAUGGCUUUUCGGUUAAAUGAGAAGAAAAUGAUUCAAGAGGUUCUAGAAACUGUGCGCUAUGAUGAAAUCGAUAUAGUCUGCUCAUCGCUUCCAGACUUGUACAUAGAAAAGGUCCUAGAAUUUUUAGCAUCUUGUUUUGAGAAAUCUCGUCACUUGGAAUUCUAUCUUGUGUGGACUCAGAAGUUGCUCAUGCUGCAUGGAUGCAAGUUAAAAACAAGAUCAGAAAAACUGCUGCCUAUUAUUCAGUUUCUUCAAAAGAGUGUUCAGAAACAUUUUGAAGAUAUUUCUAAACUUUGUGAUUGGAAUUGUUAUAACAUGAAAUACAUUCUUUCUAUUUCACAACAACGGGGCAUGAAACGCAGAGCAGAAGAUUCUGAAAACAAUGAUUUGAAAAAUUUGGAAGAUUCAAGUAGUGAGGAUUUUGUGGAAGAAUCAGCUGUACAUUUAUAGAAAUAUGACACUUUUUCCAUGUGUAAAUGUAAACAAUGGUGUUCACUGAGAAAUUCCUAGCCCUUGAAGUGGCCUAUUUUUUAAUAGAGGAUUUGAAUGUGAAAUAAUGCAUCUGGGAGAAAGCAGUUUAUCUUUUGUACACUUUUUCAGUAAUUGAAUAGCUGGACAGCUAUAGCCAUUAAAUCUCAACCAUGCCUUCUUUUUUGUUGUUGUUGUAAUUCCAUUGUUGACUGCAUGAUUCAUACGUGUUCCUACCCAUGUCUGAUGCUCACAGAAUUGGUGAUUUACAGAUUACCUAAAUGGCCUUUAUGUAAAAUUACUUCUAUAAAAUAUAAUACAUAGGGGAAUAAUCAAAAGAGACAGAGGGACCAAAAGAAUGAACCAAACAGGUUCAGAUUUAUAUUUUUUGCAAACAAAACCAAAAACCAUUUAUUGUCGUAAAAUAACCACAGAUUUUCUAGAAAUCCUUUGUAGAAAUUUACUUGUCUCCUGGUGUUUUUGUGAAUCUACUGUGUGUAAUUCCAGUGGCAACUUCAGCAAAACACUAGUGUAAAUUCAAUGUAAAAAAUUACCCAGAUCUCUCUUCUAGUUUAUUAUUUAUAUGUUGAUUUCAAUUAUUAAACCGUCAUCCAGUUUCAUUUGCAAAUCUAUUAUUUCUAUCUCUUUCUUGUAAAUUAUUAUUUUUUAGUCCAUUUGGAAACCAAUUUCAGUUUUAUUCAACAGAACUUGUCCCUCUUCCUUAACACCUUCUGUUUCUUUUGCAGAGGUACAUAAUGGAAGACUUCCUGCACCCAUUCAUUAAGAAUCUCUUUUUAAAGUAACCAUCUGAUGCCCUCUAGUGUUUUCAAACAUAGACAUUUCCCAUGAGAAAAGAUCCUUUCAGUUAAUUUCAAAGACUUAAAGCAAGUCCAUCUAAGCCCUUAAUCAGGUUAAACAAUUCUAAAGCUAACAUUAAGAAUUGUUUUGCUCUAAAUGCUAGUGUUUUCUUCUUACAAAUCUUUAAACUUGUAACUGAGCUGUUUUAGAAAGGAUUAUGGAAAAACUGACCCAAUGAUUUCAAUAAAACUUGCCAGCCUGAAUGUUCUCAAUCUUUAAACAACAACAAAAAUAAAUGUGAUUAAGAGAUGAACCUGGGUCAAACUUAAGAGUUUGCAUAGAUGACAUUAGCAGCUAUAAGCAUGAUGGAAUCAUGCGACUCCCAGCCAAUUAUAAGCUGACUGCAAAAACGCAAUUCCUGCCAUCUGCUCACAAAACAAAAAAAA